UCUAGAUCACCACCAUCAGCCAGAGAGUCGCGUGCGUAUCUGUAUAUGUGAGUGCAGAAGACCUAAGGGGUAGGUGAGUAUAUUAUACAAAAACCGACGAAGAAAACAAGCAGAGAAAAGAAAAAGGGACACAGAAAAAGACAGACAAAACAAGAGCAAGAAAAAAGAAACAGGGUCAUAUCCUUAUUUAUUCUUUACUAUUGCAAUCAAUAUUCAGUUAAUAUUAUUCUUUACAUUGAUAACCUCUUACCCUCAUACUCUUUUUCUUCUUUCUCUGUCUUUCUUUGACUUGGCCCCUGCAUAUCAUCUUAUAUACAAAUUGCUGUGCCUCUACUCUGAGCUGCGGAGAAUUUUGAGGUUCGAUAUCUGAUCAACCCUUCGAUAUUUGCUUUUUAAUAUCUGGAGAUUGAUUACCUUCAUACUUUAUACUUUUUUUACUUGUUCCCAGUUUUUUUUUUGCUUAUUUCUCCUAGCAUUCGCAGAUCUUGAUGCUGAAGCCAUUGUCAGCCUUUGAUCACUGUUCACUACUAAGCUCUUUUUCUUUUUUUCUGUUCUUCUUUAUUUUGUUUCAUUCUUAACCUCCCUAGUUUUGAGAGGAGCAAGUUCAUCACUAAGGCUUCCCAUUUUGUUAUCUUCUGUGAAGUGAGAACCAUAGUGACAGAGCGUGGAAUAGGCUGGCAACAAGAGAGAAGCAAUCCCAGGCCAGAGCUACUGGGGUAUAUUCUUCUUUCCCCUCAUCUUACAAAAUGGAAACUGCCGAGCCGGUUUCUUAUGAAUUCUCCGGUCAUACAGUCAGUGCUGUUGCGCCGCGUCGAAUGAUGGCCUCUAGUCUUGGCCAUAAUUUUCCCUUCUACGCAAACACAGCAGCUUCAUUCUCACUGCCUUAUCACCAGUCUCCCUCUACUGCUUAUGGUUAUGGCCAUGCUCUCAACCACCACCAUAAUAACCAUCAUAACCACCAUCAACCCAGUUAUCCACAGUUCUUCGUGGCCAGUCAUCAACCGCUCAGCUCCCAACCGAUGCGUCUAUCAUCAGAGCCUCCACCUAUACAGUCAAUCCCCGAUAUCCGUCCUGCCAAAAAUGCGGUCAAUCGUGUUUCUAGAGAUCCAUUGAUCAAAACAGACCCCAGCUCGAAUACGCUGCCGAUUUCCAUAUCACAGACUUCGACCCACGGAGCAGCUACCCAGAGCAAGAGCCCUUGCGUCAACGAGGUCGAGUUCACAACAGAGGUUGAUAUUCUGAUGAAAGCAAUUCAGUCUAGAGUUACUGCUCAGCCAUCGAAUCUACAGUCAUUGCCGCCUCUGCAGCAAUUAACUCACGGGGGAAACCAUGGAUACCCCCAAACCUAUGCCAUUCACACAUCUAGCAAUAAUCGAUGCACUGUGUUGGUUGAAGAACCGCAAUCUCGAUCAGGGAAGAAGCGCAAAUAUGUCUGUACUCUUCCACACUGUGGAAAGAGCUUUGCUCAGAAGACUCAUCUGGAUAUCCAUACGAGGGCCCACACCGGAGAUAAGCCUUUUAUUUGUAAAGAACCUUCAUGCGGACAACGCUUCUCUCAGCUAGGUAACCUGAAGACCCAUCAGCGACGUCAUACUGGCGAGAAACCUUUCUCUUGCGAUAUAUGUCAGAAGAGGUUUGCCCAACGGGGCAAUGUCCGUGCUCAUAAAAUCACACACCAACAUGCCAAGCCAUUUACCUGCCUCCUAGACGACUGUGGAAAGCAAUUUACUCAACUAGGUAACCUCAAGUCUCACCAGAAUAAAUUCCACGCAACGACGUUACGGGAUUUGACCUUGAAGUUCUCCCAAGGCGCCAUAGGGGAACCCAUGAAUCCUCAAGAUCGAAAGCUGUGGGAGUAUUUCGCUACCCUUUACAAGAACAGUAACAAAGGCAUCAAGGGCCGUGGAAAGGAUCGUAGAAUCUCGCCUACAUCCAAGUCAGGUCCCGGGAGACGACACCAAGCCCUAGCCAACAACGAAGACAAGAUGCGACGGUCUAGUUACGAGGAAUCAUCGGCCUACACCGGAGGUUCAAGUAGUGACGAGGAGGACACGGAUGCCUACUAUAUUGAUAGACAAAAUCAUUGAGCCGAACUGGACUCUCCUCUUCUCUACCUCGACAGACUAAGUUUCUCGCUUGUUUUUCCCUACUUGCGUGUGUUGCAAUGUACUUUAAUGUUCUACGAUACCAGGUUUGUUCAUGUUGAAUCUCUAUCAAAACUCUGCGGCGGGAAAGGGCUGCUGUGUCUACGCAGAAAGCAUUUUGAGGACCCCUACUUUGUUAUAUGAUUUUUGGUAUAGGAAAGCACGUUUUGUGGGCAUUUCUCGUUGUAUACUCCAUACACACCCUUGGCAAGUGAGAAGUAUCACAUGUGUCACGAUAAGGAGGAGUAGCAUAUGCACGAG